AAAAUAUGAAGCUAGAACUUAUUGUAGUAUUUUGCAGUUUUUUGAUAUUUUCCAAGGCAAGUGGUGCGGAAAAUAAAAAAAGCGUUGUGGAAGACAUUAUUCAAAAGGGUCACGAUUAUUGCGUUAAAGAAUCUGGUGUAAAUAAAGAUUUGGUGUUAUUGGCACAAAAGGACCGAAUUUACGUCAAUAAUUCUGAAUUUAAGUGUUACCUGUUUUGUUUAUUUACUCACUUUAAAAUUAUCGAUAAGGAUACAGGAAAAUCUACUAUGUCCACCUUUAAAAAGAGUUUUUCGAAAGUACACUUGGAUAAAUACAACCCAGUUUUCGAAAAUUGUAAAGUGAAAGACUUCAAAAGUAAAGAUUAUUGCGAAGAGGCAUGGGAAUAUGUUACAACCUGUUUUGUAAAUCAGCCAACUUUUACACUUGUAUGAUAGUGUCGGAGUAAAUUUAUUAUAUUUUAUUAUACAAAUAUAUAUAUAUAUUACUGAG